GUCUUUUAAUAAGGUCAGUCAGUGUGCAGACCUAUGGCGCACAAGUGUCAAAAUUUAAGGAGUGAACCGCCGAAAGCUGUUGGAAUGUCUGUUGCAAAGAAAAAUGAGGAGUUACUACGGGAGACGGUCCUAGACCUUCUCUCCCACAAACAGAACACACACACCAUCAUGGAGGAGCUUUCAGAACUUACUGCAAACAACAGCAAGUUACACUCUACUCUUCUUGGUGUUGGAAGUGUUGUCAUGGAAACCAUGGUUGGUUCAAGGACACAUGCUGGCUUCCAGGGGACUGAGUCUUAUAUAAGCAGAUUCUUGGAUGCCUUUCAAAUACCUGACAAACAGGAACAGAAUAAACAAGUACAGUCUGUGGUUUGUCUGAUGAAAGCCCUAACUGACGAUGGGAGCACCAGGGCUCGUCUCCAUGACAGCCUUUGUAAAAAGAGUGACCUGCCCCUGAAUGGUAUCUGGGUUCUACACAGGGACGGAGUACUGCCAUUCACAAUGUAUUUUACAGGGUUGGUCAACUCCUGUAAGCCACUGGAGGACUUCGUAAAUCAGAUGAUUACUUCCUGCAGGCUAUCAGAUGACGUGGAGACUGUAAAAGGUUUGAUGUCAGAGCUGGUAUGGCUGGGAUAUGGAGAUGGGGAAAUGUUGGAUCCAACUGUAGGCGGCCAGGCAACACACACAUUGGCAGCAAUCAUUACUGGCCUAGUAGAUGCAGUCAUUACUGGUGAAACCGCUGACAUAAUCUGCGUGCUUGAUCCUGGCACUGCGGACACCACCGCCAUGAGGAAGUGUUGUACAAGUCUCCUGCCCCAUAUUCUCAGUCACAACCCUGUCCUUAAAGUUUCCCAAGCAAUAAGGCAACAGAGUGCCUGGGUUUUUGGGAACGUUCCAAGAUCUCUCACCUCCUUAUACAAGCAGCUGCUGUUGCCACUAAGCAUGGAUGAGGUAUUGACCGUGCUGCGACAUGUUCUUGACCUGCAAGAAGUGAAUUGGCUGCUCCUGCUCUCCUUAGUCUCAGUCACCAUCGUCUGCCUUCCACACGCUGACAAACACUUCUUAGACUUCACAGACGGCCUGCUACAGGAGGGUCUGGAGAGCUGUGACAUGGAGAGUACAGUAACUGGCCUGUUGUUGGCCAGGCAGGCCUGCCUUCAGGGACCCCAUGUCUAUAUGUCAUACCCGGACUGGUUCCAGAAGACAUUUUCUGAUGGUGGGACGUCACCAGCUAGCACCCGGAGAAGUUUCACUUUCUUUAUAAAGUUUCUGUCUGAUCUCAUGCCGUAUGAAACUGCCCAGCAUAUAAAGGUCCAUAUACUGCGACCCCCAUUUGUUCCGAGCAAGUGUCGUCAGCUGCUGGCAGACUAUAUCCUCCUCGCUAAAACAAGGCUAGAAGACCUCAAGGAAACAUUGGACAGUAUUGAGGAUCAGACAGACCCUGACAAGUCCGGCAAGACCAGUGUGUCGGUGGAGGUUGACAGUGCGGUAAGUGUGUAUGCUGGUACAGGCCGGAUCCCCAGCAGCGUGUUGGAGGCCAGCAUCUUCAGGAAACCACACUAUGUCGGCCACUUCCUGCCUCUGCUCCUCACACCAAGACCUUUACCAGACUUCCCAGAUGCCAAAAUGAAACUUAUUGCUGCCCUUAAAAGUGCGGACAAGAUACCCCCUUCGAUGUACACAACUUAUGAGACGGCUUGUAAAAAUGAGGCCACACAACUGUUACAAGGGGUGUUUAUGGAUCUUGACUCGGACGAUGACAUGGAGUUAUCACCCCUGGAACAUCUUCAGUCAAGUCUCCAACAUCUUAUCACAGGAAAGGAAAAAACGGCCAAACAUACUGAGAUGGAGCUAGUGUCUUGUGUUUGCGAGAGGGUGGAGGGGGUGCUGUCACUGACCCCCCAGCAGACUCUCGACCUGCCACUGUGUAUCACCCUCAACAUUCAUGACUCCAUGAUGGACAUAGGUGUCCUCAAGGUGGUUGAUAUGAUACUGAACGCUGUGUGUGAGGGGCUGCACUCCCACCUUGAAACCCCUACGCCUUGCCCCCAGUGGUUGUCACGGUUACUCAUUGGGCUGGGCCAGUACCCCGUUGUCAUGGAAACCCUAUUUCUCAGGAUUUGGAGCUUGGUGUUCAAACAGCAUAGAGCAUUAAAUGAACAACAUUUAUCUGCCUUGGCUGCAAUACUUGUUGAGAUCUUGUUGCUUGGAAAGAAGUUGCCAUGGAUACAGAAUGAAACUAUUCAAUGCUUUCCUGUGGUUGUCAUGGAUUCCCUGACAAUGAAGACUGAAGAAGAAAUGAGAUUCUGCUUACAACUGACUACUUUAUUCCUGCGCUACUUGGCACUGAGACUCACAGACCUCGAGGUACUUGACGGAUGUCCAGUUGUCGUGAAAAAGUUCAUUUACCUGGCUACAAGACUGACACCUGAGUUACGUUAUCAUGACAUGGACAUGCUGGUUGUCAUGGGAACAAGCAGCUGUGUUAAGGCCAUUUUUACCUCUGAUGUGUUCCAGAAAAUCCUGCAAAAACACAUGCUGACAGUAGGUGACUGGUGUCAGUUUGAGUCCAGUGUCAGUCCACCACAUGAUCUGCUUAGCAACAUUGAUAGGCAUGAAUACAUCAGAUGGAUGGUAUACCACUAUUUCAUGGCGAGGGAGGAGCAGUCACCAUUACCUCCAAGUAUCAGACAUGUCACUUCGGAAAUCCUUCAUGAAGUCUGCGAAUUGACCAUGAGGGCUCCAAAUGGAGUGAGGGGAUGUGAGAAUUGUGCAGACAGGACAUAUGGAAACAACAGCCUGCAUGUCCUCACCAGCCUAUUACAGGAACUUACAUGGGCCAUAUCAACAUCUCCAACCCCCCAGUUACCAUGGUUACAAGAACAGCUGAACAGGCUCCUGAUAGGCUGUACAGAUGACACUGGCAAACAGACUGUUGUUAGCGCUUUCUUCAGGUUGUGUGUAUGCCUGCCGCCUCACCUGCUGUGGUCAGAUGUUCCCCAUGUCGUCACCUCAGCAGACCAUCCAGGUGUCACCUCUGCUGUUGACACUAUCAACAAUCUCCUGGUUAAAAUCUUAAGUACAGGAAUGGUCUUUCCAGCAGGUCUGACUACCCAUAUAAUACAGUCUGUCCGGAUGUGCUCAUCAGCAGGGUGUGGAGGAAGAAUGUUGGAUGAACUGUGUCUCCGCUGCCCUGUCUUGCAUGUCUCCAUCCUGGUCAACAACCUUUGCGUGUGGCCGCUGCUCAAUGUCCCAGAGUUCCAGGGUUGUGCAACUAUUGGGUUUCUCAGUAAAGAAAGGUGUGGAGAUAUCAACAGUGUGGAUGAUCACUGGCUCUGUGCUGUGGGUCUGUUCUCUUGUGUGAUGAACUCAUCGGAAAGAGAAGUAAAGCAGGCAAUCAAAAGUCUUGGAGAAAAGGAACAGGUCCUGGAACUGGCCUUGGAAAUAGUUGUGCUGCAGUUGUCAUAUGAGCUGUAUCUAGGAGAACCCAAGAGACCCAUUGUGAUCAAACAUCUGGAGGCCAGCCUCCAACCCCUGUUGUCCCAGUCAGGACAAGAAGGUGUGGCCCAUCUCCUCUCAGGUGGUGUGGAUGAAAGGUCAGCAGCCUGCUGUGCUCACCCUGGCUCCCUCACACACAAACUCACUGUUCUCAGAUGUGUCAGCAGAAACAUGGAGGUGGUGUCUCCAGUGAUAGCUGACAGUAUGGACCUGCUCUCAUCUCUACUCCUUCUUUACUCCAAAGUGGUGGAGGCCUAUGACGGAGGGGACACUGAUCAUGACCUGGUGGCGGAAGCCAUUGAUGGAGGGGGCAAUGUUUAUGACCAGGAGAUGUUGCAGGUCAGCAGCUUCAUACAGGGACUUAUCAGCACUUUCAGUGUGGCCACGCUACAGCACCUGGACCAGGACCUAGUGUUGAGCUGUGGGCCGGCCAUCACAGAGACAUUUAUCAACCGGCUGGCUACCUGACAUCAUGGGUUGACAAGCAAUACAGCUUGAGACAAAAAAUUUUUUGUCAAAGACAGCUUCAUUAAUAAGUUUUAAUCUUGAUAACAUAUUAUCAGACGAGGAGUCUGAGGGUUUGAGACUACAGAGGGUUGGUUUCACUAGAAUGUUAUACUGAAACUAGACAGGGAUUACAGCUUUAAACUAUAUGGUGGAUUCCUAAGCAAAUUAAACCUGCUGGCUGGGUUUGCAAGAAAUAUAGCAGAAUUUAAAUGGAGACCAACAGAUGCUGCUUAUUCACAAGUCUACCCUUACCAAGGGUAUGCCGCCAUUCACAAGUCUGCCCUUACCAAGGUUAUGCCGCCAUUCACAAAUCUGCCCUUACCAAGGGUAUGCCGCCAUUCACAAGUCUGCCCUUACCAAGGGUAUGCCGCCAUUCACAAGUCUGCCCUUACCAAAGGUAUGCGGCCAUUCACAAGUCUGCCCUUACCAAGGGUAUGCCGCCAUUCACAAGUCUGCCCGUACCAAGGGUAUGCCGCCAUUCACAAGUCUGCCCUUACCAAGGGUAUGCCGCCAUUCACAAGUCUGCCCUUACCAAGGGUAUGCCGCCAUUCACAAGUCUGCCCUUACCAAGGGUAUGCCGCCAUUCACAAGUCUGCCCUUACCAAGGCUAUGCUGCUAUUCACAAGUCUAUGUUUAAACAUAUUUUACUCGACCAAGGCCAAUUUAUUAUUGUUACAAAUGUUUACCUGUUUAUUAGUUAUGUCAUGAUUAAAUGUGUGUUUUUAAAUGUUGGUAAUGCGAGUUAUUAUUGAAUAAAGAUGAU